CAUGUAAACUUGGUAGCAUACAGUGGGAUUCAUCAACAUAUCAGUCUUUAAUAAAUAUGUACGAAUCAGAAAUAUAAUUAUCGAGUGUAUGUCGAUUGCAACCAAUCAAGAAAUUUCGAAUAAAAAUUGGAGGUGGAUCCAAGAACAAAAUAAACAAAAUGGAAGAAAAAGUAGAAAUGUUUUUAUUCCGCAAAAAAUCCACAGAAAGCAAAACCAAUAAAGUGGAUGCAGAAGUUGCGCAGACGAAAGAUCAAAACAGCGACGAACUGAAAUACACUGUCUAUGAUUUCAUUCGAACAAUAAAAGACCCUGAGAAACCAAACACUUUGGAGGAACUCAAUGUGGUUUAUGAGGAAGGCGUUUUUGUGAAAGAAUCUACGGCUGCUAAUACCAGUGUUGUGAGGGUUGAAUUUAAUCCAACUGUUCCCCAUUGUUCAUUAGCUACCUUAAUAGGACUCUGCAUAAGAAUUAAAUUAGAAAGAAGUAUUCCAGAUGAGUUGAAAUUGGACAUUUUCAUAAAGAAGGGUGCUCAUGCAACUGAAGAAGAAAUUAAUAAACAAAUAAAUGACAAGGAACGAAUAGCAGCAGCUAUGGAAAAUCCCAAACUUAAGGAAAUGGUAGAAAUGUGUAUUAAGGAAGAAUAUUGAUUGUUUGUUUUGGGUUUUGGAGAAUGGAUAAUUGUACAUAUUUUUUUAUAUUCUUAUUGCACUUUUUCUAACUUGCAAUUGGACCUUAUCGCUACUACGAUUGUAGAUAUAUUGUUUGUAAUAUAAAUAAAAUUUAAGGAA